GGUGCUAUGCCAGUAUAACAUGGAGAAACGACCUCGGUCUCAAACUCUACCUGGAUGGUAACGAAAUUGCGUUGGAUGACCAAGGAAAAGAGGUCGAUGUUCAGCUGAACGCUAACAAGCCUAACCUGUGCUUUGGACGGGAUGUUCAAGGGGCAGGGAAUUUUGCCAAGUUUGCCAUCGGAUCGUUCGCUACGUUCAACACGUUUUUAUCGCCAUCGAUCAUGCGCAAUGUGUACACUUUCUACUUUAGAAGUGGCAUGUUUGAUUCAUCAGCUUCCAAUACAAUAAAAUUGAGAGUGAAAAACACGUUUGACAAAGAUGUGCAACUUAUGGCAAGCGAUAAACAGCCAGCCCAGGGUAUUCAGAUACUUAAAAAAUACACCAUGGAAGUCCGCAAAGAUGUAGCUGUUGGCCAAGCAGUGACGUUUAGUGCCCAGGCUGCUUCUCAGAAACUACUGCUUAACAAUCAAGAUAAGCUGACUAUUUCGCCGCAGCUGACGCGUAAAGGCUCGUUUGUGGUGGUCAUCUCCAAGGAAAAGAUUGAUGGAGCAGGAGGUGGGUCCGCGACUGGAACUUAUUACAUCUCAGUGAAGAUCAUGAACAAGUCCGGCAAAAAUAUUGUUUUAAUGCCGAGCGACAACAACCCUCCUCAGGGCUUCCCUGUCAAGAAGGGCUUCAUGAUGUCCUUCACCAAACCGACCAACGGUAACUCUCCUAUAACUUUCAAGGUUGUGGAUCCGGCGUCGAACCAGUUGAUGAAAAUAAAUGGCAAAGAUGAUAUUGUACUAACACCAAGUUUAACCAAAGGUGCACCUACAACCUGCGAGAUUCUCGCUCCAGGAAUGUCACAAGGAGGACAGCAGUAUUACAUCACUGCUCGCUUCAUGAACAAGGCAGGACAAGACGUGAUAGUCAAGUCAAGUGACAACAACCCCGCUCAGGGCUGGAAGGUAAAGAAGGGCUUCAUGAUGGACAUCACCAAAGGUACCACGUCUGCUCAGCCAGUCACGCUCGCAGCGACAUCAACGGACGGCAAGACACCGCUGGCCGUCAAUGGCACGACGGAAAUGCAUAUAACACCACAUGCUACCAAGGGGAACACGAAAGACGUGGUGGUUCUUGGAACACAACGUGAGUUGGUGAUGGUGUACUUAGUUUGCGUUCUACGGUCUGCUCUCUUAGAGGAACUGAUAUAUUUUCAUUGCGUAAACUUGCUUCCACUUCUUAUGGUCUUCACUCUUUUAAGUAUUUUGCAUGCAAAACUUGGAACUCUCCCU